CUGCUGCCAAGGAAGGCGGGGGAAAGGUUUGUGGAAGAGCCCCGGGGGGAAAUUCUGAGAAGGGAGAAAGCCCAGCUUAUCAAGUUUUGGAGAGUCCACUGCAAGCAUUAAAGCAGUUUGAUAACCAUGGAGCAAUACAGUGUGCUGAAGAUACUUGGGGAAGGAUCCUACGGGAGAGUUCUUCUGGUCCAACAUAGAAACAAGAACCAGAAAUAUGCAAUGAAAGAAAUAAGACUUCCAAAGUCUGCCCUUGAUAAAGAGAAGUCCUGGAAUGAGUCUAUUCUUUUGGCUAAGAUGAAACACCCAAACAUUGUCACAUUUGCAGAAUCGUUUGAAGUUGAUGGACAUCUGUAUAUUGUGAUGGAAUACUGUGAUGAUGGAGAUCUGAUGCAAAAGAUUAAACUUCAGAAGGAGAAGUUGUUUCCAGAAAAUACAAUUCUAGAGUGGUUUACACAGAUCUGCCUCGGUGUGAAAUACAUUCACGACAAACGUGUGCUGCAUAGAGAUAUAAAAUCCAAGAACAUAUUUCUCACACAACAUGGCAAAGUAAAGCUGGGAGACUUUGGAUCAGCGCUUCUUCUCACUAGUCCAAUGGCGUAUGCUUGUUCCUAUGUGGGAACUCCAUAUUAUGUGCCUCCAGAAAUAUGGGAGAACAUGCCCUACAAUAAUAAAAGUGAUAUAUGGUCUCUGGGUUGCAUUUUAUAUGAGCUGUGCACUCUUAAACAUCCAUUUCAGGCAAAUAGCUGGAAGCACCUUAUACUUAAGAUAUGUAAAGGAUACUACAACCCACUUCCAUCACAUUAUACUUAUGAACUUCACUAUUUGAUAAAGCAAAUGUUCAAGAAAAAUCCCAAGAACCGCCCAUCAGCCAGCACAAUUCUUACAAGAACCUGUCUGUCAAAGCAUAUAAAAAAUACUUUUCCAGAUAAGGAGGAAGGAAAAUACACCAGGAACAAGACUUCAGAAGCUAGUUUCUGUGAAACGGAACGAGAGAAAAAAAGUGUGGAUAAAAAAGUCUCCCCAGAAGCGGAUUUACGAAACCCACCGAGACGACAGUGGGAAAAAGGAAGGUCCAGUACAGUGAUGAACGUCCUGGAAAAUGCAUCUUUACUUUCUUCUAGUAUUCCAACCCAGGAAGAAACAAGUGGCUUCGUGAGAAAAUAUGAUGAAAACAUUGUGCGUAAGCAGUGGUCUAAGGAACCUCCUGAAACCUUGAUGAAUAUUCUCCACAAUGCUGAUAUUAGCUUAGCUUUUAAAACAUACACAAUCUACAAAGCAGGUUCAGAUGACCUACUGAAAGGACCACUUACUGAAGACACAGAAGCAUCUGACGAACCAGAUGGGGAUAUAAUUAUGGAGGAUACUGGGAGACUUGAACCUCGAUCAGAUGAGGAAGAUACGGAUUUUGAGGCUGAAGAUGAUCCAGACUGGGUUUCCGAACUGAAGAGUAUGACCAAAAUGAAAUGAUUUAAUAACUUAACAAUGGAACUUCAAAAGAAAUGUACUGUUGGUUGAUCUACAGUUGAUUAAAAAAAAAAAUAGACUGCAGGGAAUGAUUGAAAAAAAAAUCAAUUCAUAACAGAGAUUCCAGCUGAAUUAGUCAAACAGCAAAUAUGUACUAAUUAAGCUGAUUUCAAGUGCUUCUAUGGUAAGAAAAAACAGCAUUUCAGGAAUAAUUGCGAAUUUUUCCCUUAAAUGUUUUUUUUUCCCUAAAAAUACAUAAAAACACUUUUCUUACAGGAAAGAAUUAGAAAUCAGUUGUGACACACACAAUAACAGUAUCAUUAGUAUACUGGCGGCAGAAUAACCAACUUGCAUUCCUUCAAGUUGGCACUGAAAUAAAUUAAAACCUCUUCUUCCACAUGGUACUAUUGGAAAUACAGACUUGCAUUCCUUCAAGUGUAGGAAUGUAAGUCUGAUAUAGGGCAGUGUAGAUCCAGCCACCAUUGUUCUCUGCUUCUGCUGUCUCUGAAAUACUUCAGUUUGGCCCAAAAUCAAUUAUUUUAUUUAUUUACUGUAUUUUUGUGGCUUCCAGAUUAGUAAUGAUUCAAUAUCACAACAAACAUAAACUUACAAAUACAAUAUACACCAUACAUUAAAAUUAGUUAAAAAAUUAUAAAAAUCAAGACAAUCGUUUUUCUAUAUCAAGGUCGGGAAAAGUACAACCUGUAGGGUAUGUAGAGGACAUUUCUGUCAAAUGUGAGGUCCCAUGGGCCAGCUCUGGCUGUCUAUGAUGAUUCCUUCAUGUUUAUUCUACAUUAUUGUAAUUUUCCUGCAUUGUUAAUCUGCACUGAGCACAUCAGUGCAAAAAAUUGAAUAUAAAUCUGGUAUGAGAGUCUUUUCAGCUUUUCUCUUUCAUAAUAAAAAAAAAAACAAAUA